AUGAUAGACCCUUAACUUUUUGAUAACCUCAGAACAGGAAUUGAAAAUUUAUAUGGACCUCUUAGCGAUGACCAAAAUCCUAGUCAUGAGUGGUUUAAUCAAAUGAGCCAAAAAAAUCCUUAGGGUGAUAAAGAUAUGAGAAAAAAGCUAUUCGAUCUUGUUGUAGAGAUUCCUCAUUUUUAAAACUUAAUUCAAAUAUCAAAGAAAAUGGGGAAAUUUGAAUAGUUAUGCAAAAAGAUGGUUCUAAGAAAAUAUACUAAAGGAGAUAUUCUCUUUAGGUAGUAGUCUUUUGCUAAUGAACUUAUUCUUGUGGUUGAGGGAUAAAUUUCUAUGUGGUAAGUAAAGAGUGACCCUGAUAUUAACAAUGAAUAGAAGCUCAUUCAAAUAGCUGAAAAAUCAUUAAAGGCUUACAAGAGAGAAGAAGCAAAAUAAAACUUGGAUUUAAUGCGUAAUUUAGAAGAAGAUAGCAUUUUCCGAGUUGUAGCUAGAAGGAAUGCUUACAAAUCUCAUAUGCAAAAAUCUAAAAGAAAAAUAAACAAUUAAAACUCUAUUGGCCCUGAAAUGACCCAUACAAAUACAUUUUGUUAUGAUAAAAAUGAACUGAAUAGUUAAAAUAGCAUUAAUUAACAAUAAUAACCAUAAAACCAAGCAUCUAAUUUGUCUUAGUUUGCACCAUAAAGCAGUAAAGUAAAUAAUGAAUUAAUUUCUAAUUUUGUUGAAAAGAAUAAUCAAAUUUCUACUUUGCAAGCUUAAUUAGAAUAAGAAAUUGAAUUGUAAGAAAUAAGGUAUUUUAAGACAGAAAAUAUCUGCAAAUAUAAGAGAAUCUUCUACCACUAAAGAGGUGAUUUUAUAGGAGAGAAAGAGGCCCUCUCAAAUGAAUACUUAGAAUAUUUAGCCGUAGCUCACACAGACAGAGUAUUGGCUUUUACUAUCUCCACUGAUGCAUAUCUUUCUAUGUUUGAUCUAGAAAGCGCCAAAACCGAAUUCAUUGUUAGAAGCUUGUAAAAAUAGUUUCCUACUGCAAGACACGAAUCUCUUUUGCGUAUUGCCUAUGAUUUCAAAACUCAAAGUUAUGACUACAAUUAACCUAUAUUCCGUCUUAAGGAGAAAGCAGAUAAAAUAUAUAUUGUUAAAAGUGGAUUGGUCGAGGUUGGUUAAGAAAAUUUGAUUAAAUUGGCCCUUCUUGGUGAAGGGUAACUCCUUGGAUUUGAAGAUUGUGUUUCAGAAGAAUAAAACAGGAAUUUUUGGGCCACCUCAAAAUCAGGCGAAACUCUAUUAUUCUACAUCCCAAGUGCAUUAUUUUUAGAAAUUGUUGAAAAAACAUAUGAUGGAAAACUGAAAAAAGCUCUUCUUGACACCACAAACAAUAAAUUAAACUAUUAUAUGCAAUCAACAUCAAAAAUAUAAGAUAUUUUCUCUAAAGCUGCUCCUAAAAAGAAAAACGUAAACGUAGAUAACCCCAUUUUAUCCUAUAUGAUCCAUGGACAAAAAUCUAAAAGUAAAUAAAAUAAUAGUUUUUUAGAUAACGCCUAUAAGACUAUGAUUGUAUCUAGAAGCAGAGACUAGUCCUAAAAUAGAAAAGAUUCUACAAGCUCAAAUGAUGAAGCCAUAAUCCCAAAUAAUCAUUCCCCAGCAAUAAUUACCAACAAAUUUAAAUCUAUGAAUAACAUUAAUACUGAAGAUCUUUCAGAUGAACCACACAAUAAUAAGUCUUUGCUCUAAUUAAAUAAAUCUCAUUCUCCAUAACUUAGAUGUCAUACUGACUUCAAAGAACAUCAAAAAGAUAAUAAUUAAUUUUUAUAAUUACCAAAUAUUAACCUUAACGUUCCUGCUAAUCCAUAAAAAAGAGUAUAAAUUUAAGUCGAUUACUAUGAACCUUCACAUAAUAAAAGUAAAAUUCAUUUUGAUAGACUUAGUGAAAGAAAGGUUAAGAGUUUAGCUAAUAUCCCUGAUGAUAGUGAACCUAUGACUGAAAGAGAUCGUUAGCUGCAAAACCUUGAAAAGAGCAGCAACAAAGCUAUGUUGAAAACAAUAGAUAGAGCAAUUGAUUACAAAAUGUAAAUCCUAAACAGAAAGCCAAAGCCUAAACCAGUAGAAAAGGAAGAUGCUUUUAUGACAGCAUUUAAAUACUAAAAAGCACGCUUUCACAGUGUGUUUACUCAAAAGAAACCAGGUCUACCUUUCAAACAUACUCAAUUUGAGCGUUUACAGAACAACGUUAAAAAAUUUACAAACGAAAAUUUGAUUUGUCGUUAAUCAGAAUCGAACCUACCAGGCGAUGAUGAAACCGAAGUUAAUGACUAAACUUUGAAAAUACCUUAAUCUUGUAUCUACUAUAACAACCUAGAUGACUCAAUAACAGCGCCUUCAACCUUACCUUUCUCUAGCAGAAAGUAAAAUGAUCGUCCUUCAUCUCUCUAGCACAUUGAUAUGGAUUUUGAUUCACAUAACAACUCAAUCAACAAUAUUAAUAUUAAAAGUUUAAAUAAAUUAAGUCCACUAAAAGCUCCUAAAAAAAUGAAUAAAAACGUGAGCUUCUUAUAACUUAAUAAAACUAAUAGCACUAAAAAUAAUAAUAAGUUCCAUACUCAUUCAAGUUCUACUCCUUUUAUAAGAAAUAUCUUUUUGAAUGAAACUGCCAAGAUAAAUAAUCCUUCUUAAUAAAAUUCACAUCAUACAACACUUCCUAAAUUAGCUCCUUUCAAUUCAAAUAAAAAAAUAUCUGAAAAUAAUAAUAAUAAUAAAGUCAACAACAAUAACAAUGAUCCAUACUUCGAUUAAACUACUUUAAGUGGAAUUCCUUUAUCUAAAAAUCUUUCAUCAAAAAAAGAGGUGAAAAUACUAGACUUUGAUGGAAUAUUUGCACCUAAAUAAUCAUAUAUGCCAAGUAGCACUCGCAGUAAUGGUUUGAAUUCUUUAGGGAUAACUUUAAAUACUACCUAUAGAAGUUAAUUAAAUGACUCAGCUAACUACUCAUAAUCUCACAGCUAACAAAUAUCCCCUGUAAAAGCUAGCAAUUAAAAAAAUAAUAACAUAUUCAAUUAACUAAAAUAAUCUCCUUAAUAAUAAGCUAACUGA